CCGGAGACAAACACGGCUCGGCUCGGCUCGACUCGACUCGACUCGACUCGUAUCGUAUCGUAUCGUCUCGUAUCGCACCAUGGGCCCGGCGACGCCCCCGGAAUCCACGGCAACCGCCACCAGCGCCGGAUGUCGACCAAAGGCGAUCGCCCCGAGAGCAAAAGACACCGAGGUGCGGUCGGCCGCCGAGGCCCUCCUGGCACUCGGCGGCGGCAGCUUGGGCUCCCGCAACGAGCCCCUCUGCCCGCACUGGCACGUAGUGAACUACGAGUGCGACCCCGAAGCAAAGGGGGAGAGACUCGGCACGGGCGUCUACAAGCGCAUCAAGAUCGUCCACGAGGUCCGGCGGGUGGGGAGGACCCUGCACCGGCCCGGGCUGCUCGGCGCUUGCGACGAGAACGACGGCUUUGACGGCGACGACGAGGAUUCCUUGGAGCUCUACGAGUCGGACUCGGACUCCUCGCUUCCGGAGCUCGUUCCGAUCAGCAGCGGCGAGGAGAACGGUGGUGACAACAACGACGAUGGGUGCGACGGGAAGGAGGAGGAAGAGGAGGAUCCACCGGGUGCGGACAGCAACGGCGACAAUCGUUGCCCCCCAAACGAGGAUCCCACCUCCGCAACAACAGCGGCAAGCACGGAAGCAGCGGCCCCUUCACCGGGCCGAUCCAUUGCGGUCAUCGAUUCCGGGGGGGGACGCCGGCCCACGGUGACGGAGGACGCCUGGCUCGAAGUGGGAAACCCGACCGGACUCGUGGCGCGCCUCGGUGCCUACCCGCCGGCGUGUCCCCCGGCCGGCAAGAACGACAGUAUCAACGACAGCGACACCCACGAGGAAACCGAACCCUUCUGCCACCGCGUCUGCAGCGCCGUGACCAAGGCCUCGAUCCGGGGCCGGAGCGAGCCCGUCCUCUUUCUGGUCCACGGCGCCACCUACGUCUCGGGGGGGCCGGGCCGGGCCCAUUGCGAAUCCCUGCUGACCACCAUGGACAUGGGGGACCACGGGGUUGCGAUCCACGGGAUGCACCCCUCGGGCGACCGCUGCGGCAUGACCGUCCGGGGCGGGGACUACCUUCCCUUUGACUGGGACGACGAAAAGCUCUUUUUCGCGAUCGAGAAACCCUCCCCUUCGGACCUUUCUCGCUGGCCGGUCUACGAGCUGAACUCCCCGCACCUCCGGGGCGAACCUUUUGGGGCGGCGGUGGCGGAUGGCCAAGGUGCCGCCCGGUAGGACGCCACUUCGGCGCCUCGGAACCUCCAGCAACGUCCUAUUUCUCGGCCUCGAACAACACUGUAUCGGAAACGGCUCCGGGGGUUUGGAUCGUUUCAAACUCGACAUUAGUAGUGCCAUUAUCUAACUUGUUGUCCACCAGUUCGUCCACUCGAGGGGUUGGUUUGAUCAUUGCAUCGUGUUAUGUUGCCUGUUUUCUUGAACAUGAAAAUUGGUUCACUGAGCUCCCACUUGUCCUGUGUCCACUGCAACUCAUUUUUCGAAGUAAGUGCUCCAUKGUGCAGAAUAGUUUUCUCUUCCUCUGUGCUGAGAUUUCACCAGUUUUUGAACAAGUUGUGCCAAGUCUUGUUCUUGAACAAGGCAUUGUCAUCAAAACCAAACCAAGCAAAACCUCACAUUGAUUUGACCCGAUUGCUGCUGAUGACUUCAAGCAGUUGCAACUACUGGCAGCUUGGUCAUCGAUCUCACUUGUCACCAUUUUCUCACUACCGAGAUUUUCUCCUUGGGGAAACGAACAACCACUUUUUCGUCACCAAAAACAUCUAUACAGUCACCUCUUUCUAUCCUCUAGUGGAAAGAAAUUCUCAGUUUUGACAAAGCGUGACACUAGGCCGCUACUCUUCUGUUUUGAAAUUGCAUUGAUUCCUGACCAUGGAUAUAAUAAUGGAUAGCAAUUUUGAAUAUGUCUGCAUAAUGAGAAUGUAGAAGUGUCAAAUUGAAAUGCUUCCCACAAACGCAGGCAUUAGAGCUCGCUUCUUUAUGCAAAAAUAAAUGCAGUUUUCUCUG